GAGAUUGGGAGAUGCACCGUGAUUCCCGGGAAUUGGUUGAAUUGACAAGCUAACGAGCGUUUCCAACAAUAAUCAUCCUCUGCCUUCGCCUCCGUUGUCUUCAACGCAUCGACAACCCAUCUCUCUUCCUCCCCCGUCUACCAGCGUAUACAGCCAUCGUCCAUUGAGGAUGCGUAGGGUCUUUGGCAAUCCAUCCUCGAGAUCAAGACAGGCUCAUAGCGUCGAGUUGUCUAUUUCUGCGUGCAGCUGGAGCUGGAAGCGCAAGCGCAGUUGGCGUUGGAGCAAGCGGAGCAGCCACCCAUGUUGAUAGUGUGUGUUUGGUGUUGGUUGAUUGGUUGUGGUGUGGUAGUGUGUUUCUCUGAAUGACCUUGAUGGAGCUGAUGGGAUGAGAAGAACUUCAAACC